CAUAACGUCAAAAUAAAGAAAAUAAACAGUGAACGGAUAUUCUUACAGUUGAUAAACGGAAAUUUUGUGCAGGUGCAGCUUCUGAUGGCUACCACUUCAGACAUGGACCUAUGCCGCUUAUGUCUGACAGACGAUGGUAUAAUGUGUCCCAUAUUCGGCAAUGAAAGAUCCAAUUUAGCUCAAAAAAUUUUUGAAUGUACUUCGAUUCAGGUCGAAAAAAUCGCAGGAGUUCCCUCGUCGAUAUGCGAGGUCUGUAAAUCGAAAUUAAUAAUCUGUCUCGAGUUUAUCCGUCAAUGUUCAAAAGCGGAUGCAGAUAUACGACUUAUUUACGCUGAACAUUUCGAGCUGCAUGAAUCGACUUAUGCCAGAAACGGAACAAAAUUUGACAGGCAGGAGGACCCUCAAGGUCUUGCAAAUGAAGAAGUCGAAAUUAUCAACGUUCUUCCAUGCGAGGAAGGUGAAUUGCAAACGAAUGAGCUGUUUGAUAAUGCACAAAAAGACAAUGGAUCAAUUGUCAUUGAAAUCGUUGAACAUCAGUCGCAACCAGAUAAGUUGGAAGAUCUGCAUGAGGAAACUGUGAUAGUAGAAUUAGAAACGGUGGAAGGUGACAAAAAAGAAGUACUCGAAGAAACAAUUAAAAAAACCGAAAAAUCUGAGGAAGAGGUCCCAAUCGAUGAGGGAAAACAUUCCGUAAAAAAUAAAAAUCGCCGGGAGACUUCAGGCAAGGUUAGGCAGGUUUCAAAAAAACGGCGUAGUAAAGAUACAACUGAUAACAAAAGCAAUGUUAAAAAGUACAAAAAAGAAUGUCCGAUUUGUCACGUACCGCAGCAGAAUUUGAAGCAGCACAUGCUUCUUCACUCUGGAAUUAAAAAGCAUGUAUGCCAGUAUUGUAAAAAGGCAUUUACUCAAAGAGGCAACCUAACAUGUCAUUUGAAUAUUCAUACUGGAAAUAAACCGCACAAAUGUGAUCAAUGCGACAAAAGCUUCGGUGACCCUACUGCCUUGAAAAUGCAUAAGGUCAUUCAUACCGAUGAGCCUAGCUUUCAGUGUGAUAUUUGUAGUAAACAUUUCAAAUAUCGACACUCCCUGUUAACACAUAUUAGAAGUCAUAACGAUGAUCGGAGGCAUGCUUGUACUUAUUGUAGCAUGGCCUUCGUUACAAGUUCUAGCUUGAAAAAACACGUGCGGAAGCAUACGGGCGAACGACCCUACAAGUGCGAACAGUGCUCUAAAUCAUUUACCUCUUCUGGUAAUUUGCAAACACACAGGAGAAGCCACGCUAAAAAAACACGACCCAGUUUGGAGGACUCAUCGGAAUCGAGCACAGACAGGGAGUAAAAGUUGAAUUCUUAUUGAUACCCAUAAUCAACUGUGAUUAAACUCGAAUGGAGUCAUUGCCAUCUACUGACUGGGAUCAAUAA